AUGUGGUUUGUGAGGCAAAGGAAUGAUAUCAAUUUGAUUGAAUGGUAUGUGCCGUUACUGUAUGGCUAUUUGUUAUGUGCGCUAUUGGUAGAGGAGAAAGCUUACGGUGUUCCAACAACACCACCCGAAAAACUAACUCAGGGCUGUUCGCCAGAGCUUCUUCAUCUGCGAUCCCAUCGACAUUUUCAUGUAUUAUGUCGUAGUCAACCUGCGAUAGCAGUCGCAGCUUAUGAAGGAAUGCAAGAUGCAAUGAGCCAAUGCAAAGAACAAAUGCGUUUUCAGCCUUGGGAUUGUUCCCAAAUUAUCACUGUAUUACAAGAUCCACCUAUUCUACAUCUCGGAACCCGAGAAUCAGCAUAUCUAUGGGCACUUACAUCAGCAGGUGCAGCAUGGGGUGUUGCAACAGCUUGCUCCCAAGGAUGGCUUCCUGAUUGUUCAUGUAGCGGUCGUGAUGAAUUGAAACAAAAUUGGGAAUGGGGUGGUUGUUCAUAUGGUGUACAAUUUGGGAUAAUAACAUCCAGAAAAUUGCUUACAAGAAGUGCCAUUUCUCGAUCUCCCCUGAGAAAACUGGAAAAACAUAAUUUAAAAGCGGGAAGAUUGGCGGUAAAGAAAACUUUAAUAUCAUCCUGUAAAUGCCAUGGCGUAAGUGGAAGUUGUGAUCAGAAGACUUGUUGGAAGAAAACUGCUGCACUGUCCACAAUCGUACAACACAUUACUAAUAAAAUGCACAAGGCUAGAAGACUUCCUGAUCUAAAUUCUCCUGCCAAGAAUGCAGAACUGGUAUAUAUGGAAGAUAGUCCAGAUCCAUGUCGUUCAACCCGAAUAAGUAAUCGAGUAUGUAAUUGGAGGAAUGAAACAAGUAGCCAGGGUGACUGUGGCUUAUUGUGUUGUGGACGUGGAUUCAAGGUAUCGCAUGAACUGAUAUCAUAUCAAUGUGAUUGUCAGUUUGUCUGGUGCUGUCAUCUGAAAUGCAAUACUUGUCUAAGGCAUCGAUGGGUAUCUACUUGCAAUUAG